CCCACAAUACCACGUCCCAUCUUUGAACGUCACUUCAGCCCAAGACGAGUCACGCACGACUCUUGGACAUUAACAUUUCAAACUUACAGUGCAAUCUUUUUAUUCCUGAGACGUGCAGAUACAGCUAACGUUAGCUAUAUGCAACAAAGACAAUUAGCAAACUGUCAUUUCAGACUGUCUUUACGUAGUGCACCCGAUAACCAUGGAUACAUUUUUAAAAAGCUGUCGCAAUGUGCUGAAGGGGAACGCAGAGGGCAGCCCAGGGUUCCAUGUGGUCCUGGGGAACGAGGCCUGUGACCUGGACUCCAUGGUGUCAGCUCUGGCCUACGCAUACUUCCUGUCCAAGACACUUGAUUCUGGGAAAAUUCCUCUUCCCGUUCUGAACAUUCCCCGGCAAGAGUUCCCGCUGCGCACGGACAAUGCCUUCCUGCUGAGAGAGAGUGGCCUCUCCCAGGAUGACCUGGUGUUCCGGGACGAGGUGGACCUGGGGAGUCUACACCGGGCCGGCCGGCUGGACCUCACACUGGUGGACCACAACGUGCUGCCCAGCUCUGACCGUGAUCUAGAGGAGGCGGUGUUGGAGGUGAUCGACCAUCACCUCCUGGAGAGGAAGCCCUCACCCUCCUGUCCCGUUACCGUGGAGACGGUGGGCUCCUGCACCACCCUGGUGACAGAACGGAUCAUCCAGAAAGCCCCUGAAGUCCUCGACCAACAGGUGGCCCAGCUCUUAUAUGGCACCAUAGUGUUAGACUGUGUGAACAUGGCCCCAGAGGCAGGGAAAGUCACCCCUAAAGACAGCCAGUACGCUGUCCUCCUGGAGACGCACUUCCCCAACCUGCCACCAAGGGGCGUCCUCUUCCAGUCCUUGCAGAAUGCUAAAUUUGACGUGUCAGGUCUCACCACAGAACAGAUGCUACUGAAAGACAUGAAGGUGGCAUCGGAAGGAGAUUUAAAACUGGCAGUCAGUGUGAUAUAUAUGACACUGGAGGCUUUUCUACAGAGACAAAGCUUACAGCAAGAGCUCUGCGAGUUCUGCCACAAGCACAGCUACAACCUGGUGGUGGCCAUGACGAUCUCCUUCAACGAUAACAAGGAGCCCUUCAGACAGCUGGCCGUCUACAGCUCCAGCACCCUCUACAGGGGGGAGAUGGGCCAAGCCUUGGAGCAAGCCCGGAGCCCCAGUCUGAGCCUGAGUCCAAUGAGCAGCCCUUACUCGGACAUCAGGGCUUAUCUCCAGGGCAACACGUUGGCUUCCAGGAAGAAGGUGCUGCCCAUCAUCAAGGACUUCCUGAGGGACAGGGAGCGAAGAGAGGUGCAUUGUGGGAGCCUAGAGGAGAGCUACGAGGCACCAUGGCAACGAGCGUGCACUGAGGACGCUGGGAUAGAGGAGGACUCCUACUUCCCCCCCACCCCUAUGAACAGUCUGGUGGAGGGCUGUCCCCUUGACAACGGGCUGCCCAAGAUCAGCGCUGAAGCUCUGACGGAGAAGUUCAGCAAGAUGGCCAGCGAAGAGGAGAACGCAGGGGGACACUGAUGUCACUCACACUCCUGGUGGUCAGCGGAGCACCCAAGCUCACUAACCUGUAUAACAGCUGGAUGGCCAGAGAGUUCUCGUAACAGGAUUCAGACCAGUCAGUACAGAUUGUUUGUGACUGUGCAGGGUGUUAAGGUAGGCACAACAUUGAUCCGCUGGGACGAGGACUGGGAGUCACACUGUUCCCAAUACAGAGGAGUAAACAAUCCACUGGCAAUCAUAUUGGAGAUGAUGGAAAUGUAUUGAAAAUAUUAGCGGUCCAAGGCACUGCAUCUCAGUGCUAGAGGCAUCACUACAGACCCUGGUUCGAUUCCAGGCUGUAUCACAACUGGCCGUGAUUGGGAGUCCCAUAGGGUUAGGGUUUGGCCGGGGUAGGCCGUCAGUGUAAUAAGAAUUUGUUCUUAACUGACUUGCCUCGUUAAAUAAAGGUUCAAUCAAAAAAUAUUAGUGACACUGAUGCUUUCAUCCUUGAAUGGGAAUAAGACAUUUAAGUGGGAACCUUGUUAAUGGAAAAAUACUCCCGGUUGUUAUGUUUCCGGGAAAUACAUUUUGCUGUAGAUUUGAGAAAAUAGAUCCACUCUCUCUCUUCUCCCCAAGAGUGUGUGUGCAGCCUAGACUAAUGUGUAUAUGAACAUUUUUGUGAUAGAUGCCUAAACCAAUUUGCGGCCCCACUUUAUUUGGAUAGUCCAGCUGUAGAUGCUCUAAAGAUGGUCAAACUAUCUGUUGAUAAGCAACUGCUUACUAAGCUUAGGGUAAGGGUUAAUAGUUAGAGUUGGGUUUAGGGUAAGAGUUAAGUUUAGGUUAAGGUUGGCGUUUAGUACAUAGUUUGUUGAAAUGUGAUAGUCUGUAGAGCAUCUACAGAUGGACUGUCCAAGUAAAGUGUUACUCUGCAUGAUAUGCAGUGUUGAUUUGACAUAAUUGAUAAGCAGUUUGACGUUGAAGUGUUUGUGUUGAAUAGUUAUUGCUAGAAAUAGCUAGACAGUAUUCCUUGACUGACUGUUUUAUUGAUAAUAAAUCAGUUUUGAAUGUUCUUCUGACUCAAAACACCAUUAUAAUACUGUAUCUUCUCCAAAUGAAAGAUUUUGUAUACUACAAAUGUAUGUAAACAUAAUUUAAAAAAUAUUAUUUAAGAAUUAUCUGAUUAUAUGCAAUUGUAUUGCAAGAAGAUACAGUAACUUCCGUUUGAUAGUGGUAAAGCACUUGGUACCAAUGAUAUUGCUGAUGUCAUGUUAAUUUGAAUAUAAUACUUUGAUCUCUUUUAUCUGAAACUAGGACUCCCCAGAACCACUCAAGGUACUGCCAGGCCUGAUGUAGUCUAAUUAAAUGACUGUUUAUUUCAUAAAAUGCUCCAAACGGAUGAGAACAGUGUUCUUUGAGAUCUAGCUAUAAUCUGCACCAAAAGGUAGAGUAGAUUUCAGUCAAGGUUAGACCAUUGGCAGAUGUUAUGAAGGACAAUCAAGUGAAAAAUGUCAGUUUGACCUUUUUAAUCAUUUGGAAACCAACUGACUAAAGUUUUACAGUUAGAAAUGUAAUGGUUUCACCUGAAAUGUUGAAAAGGGUUAAAUAGUAUUAAAGUUUCUUAUCCUG